GAGAAAAAUUACAAUAAUCUGGAUUAAACUUGACAAAACAAUGGCGGAAUCAGAAGAAGAGAUGGGUUUUUUGCGGAUCAUCAGUUUGCUGUAUAAAGUUGCUCCUUCUGCUGUGAGGGUUAAAUUUGACAAAGAAUUUCAUCCAACAAAAGGACUAGAGACGGCUUUAAAGCAAGACAAAUUUAAAGUCCUAGAACCACUAAAAAGAAGGAGAGUCAUUAAUCAGACUCAGUGGGAUUUAUUGUUUCCAUCGUCAGGCACUGUCACUUCAAAGAAAUUUGACUUGACAUUGAUGAUCUGCUUGAUUCGACACCUCACGCCAAUACAGAUAGGAGACAUUUUACCACUUAAGUCAGAUGUCAGUGACGGGGCAGAUUUGUCCAGGUUGAAAUACUACAGAAACAUGUUUGCACAUCAUGAUGCAUGGACGUUGACCAAUAAAGAUUCCGAGACAUAUUGGAACGACAUUUGUCAGGCUAUAUUAAAUCUUGGUGGACCACAAUUUAAACAAAUGUGUGAAGACCUAAAAGAUAAGGUACUGAACAACAAUGAUAAGGACAUACUGGUAGAAUUAAGAAAUUCACAGAAAGAGUCAAGUCAGGUUCCAAAAGCAUUACAAAAAAUCCAUGAAGAUUUAAUAUACGAAUGGGGAGAGGAUAACAAUAAAGUUGUGAAAACCAGAGCUAUCCAUCAUAUAGAAGAACUUCUGAAAUCAAAAAAUGUUAUUGUGGCGGUAGGUUCAUCAGGAUGUGGGAAAUCCACCGCAAUUCACCAUGUUGCCCUUCAACUUCAUAAACAGGAAGGUUAUUAUAUUGUUCCUGUCCACAGUCCAGAAGACAUUAUUCAAUACUGCGAACCGAAAUAUAAACAAGUUUUUGUAAUCGAUGACGUUUGUGGCAAAUCUACCAUAGAUAUUGGACUCGUCAAUCGUUGGACAACAUUGGCAACUGAUAUAAAACAAAUACUUGAGGAUCACAAGAUAAAAAUCUUGUUAUCAUGCAGAAAGCACAUUUAUCUUGAUCGUUUAUUUGAAGGUGUAGAACUAUUGUCAAAAACAGCCUGUGACUUUGUUUCUAGUUACAGUCUAACAGAAAUUGAAAGAAAUCAAAUAGCAAGUAUAUACUUAACAGAGAGUGAGAUAAAUGUUAUUAGAAUGUCAGGACUAGUUGAAAAAUUUAGCUUCUUUCCUUUAUUAUGUUGCCUUUAUUCCAAACAGAAAUUAACCGGUAUUCUUAAUUUCUUUGAUAAUCCGGUGAGUGUUAUAAAAAGUGAUCUAGAAUUGUUGAGGAAAGCGACUGAUCAAACAACAUUGGCCACGAUGAGUCUGUUCAUUGCUUUUAACAAUAGUUUAAAUGAAAACAUGUUAUCAAGAUCACACGGUAUGACAGAACUGUUGGAAAUCAUAUCCGAUCACUUUCAUCUUCCAGCGGGGUUUUCAAUAAAAGUCGUCAAGUCUGAAUUACAAAAACUUGAGAUGUCUUAUGUGAAGAAAACUGUAACUACCUACAGAAUACUUCAUGACAAGAUAUAUGAUAUUUUCCUAUCGUUUUGUGGGGAACAUUUCUUUGACCUGGUUCUUGAGGUAGCCCAUAGAAAUGUAAUACGAGAUAGAUUUGUAUUAGAAUCAAUACGAAGUGAAAACAAAAAACUAACAACGGAAAAAAAUGUUAUAACAGUUCCUGAUACAGAGGAAAACCAUUAUUUUAAACGAAUUUUGAAAGACAUUCAAAAAGGUUCCAUUAAGGACAUAUUUUUUAAUAGGCAGUUCAAAUGUUUGACUUUCCGCAAUAAGUUGUUUCAAUAUCUUCGGCAUGAACUCGACAUAAAGAAAGUUUUACUUGAUGUGCCAAGUGAAGACUUAUCAAAUAUACUACUAUCGAUGACCCGUCAAUGUUACUGGGACAUGGUACCAAUUCUUUUAACAGAACAUGUAGAUAUAAAUGUAAGGGACUGGAAAGGUACACCUCUGUCUUUUGCUUCAGAGAAAGGAAAUGUUGACAUUUCAAAGUUACUUUUAGAUCAUCACGCUGAUCCUAAUAUGAAGGGUUGGUUAGAAAAAGGGAGUCAAACACCUUUGCAUUUAGCUGUAGACACAGGGAACAUUGAUUUAAUACAUUUACUCUUCGCUCAUCAUGCUGAUGCAAAUGUAACUAGAAAUGUUUCUGGUUUUGAUGAUGCAACGGAAACCCCUUUACAUGUUGCUUUACAACAAAAAAACGAGAAUAUUGUAAAAUUAUUGUUAGACCAUAAAGCCGAUUGUAAUCUUCAUGAUCAUUUGAAUAGAACACCGUUAUAUGAAACUGUCAGACAGGAGAAUCCUAAUCUGACUAUAUUGCUAUUAAAUCACGGUGCUGAUCCUAAUAUUGGUGAUAAGGACAAUACUAAUACACCUCUUCAUGUAGCUUUUAGUAAGGGUAAUAUUGAUAUGAUAAAGAUAUUGUUAGAUCAUAAAGCAGAUCUUAACAUCAAAAAUGAGGACGGUGAUACACCGUUAUUUCGAGCAGUUGAGAAAAAUCAUACUGAUAUUGUAAGAAUUCAAUUAAAGCAUAAAUCUGAUCUAAAAGUAUGUAAUAAUAAAAAUGAAUCAUUAUUGUUUACAGCAUCAAGGAUGGGUCAUACUACUAUUGUUGCGUUAUUAUUAGAAAAUAACUGUGAUUCCAAUGUUUGCAAUAAAAAACAUGAAUCUCCUUUAUUCAUAUCUUCAUUGUUUGCUCAUGCUGGCACUUUAAAAUUGUUGUUAGAACAUAAGUGUGAUCCUAAUAUAUGUAAUGAUAUGAAUAUAUCGCCUUUAUUUGCUGCAUCUGAGAAUGGACAUACUGAUAUUGUUAGAUUAUUGUUAGAACAUCAUUGUGAUCCUGGAAAAUGUAAUAAUGAUAAUGUAUCACCUUUGUUUGUUGCAUCUGCGAAUGGACAUGUUGAUAUUUUAAGAUUAUUAUUAGAACAUAACUGUAAUCCUAACAUGUGUAAUGAUAGAAAUGAAUCACCUUUAUUUAUUGCUUCAAAGGAGGGUCACAUUAAUAUUGUAAAAUUAUUAUUAGAACGCAGCUGUGUUAAUAUGGAAAAUGAAAACAAAAUAUCAUCUUUUUUUGCCGCAUCUGAGAAUGGGCAUACUGAUAUUGUAAGACUUUUUUUAGACCACAACUGUGAUCUGAAUAGCUUUAAUAAAAGCGAAGAAUCAUUUUUAUCUGUUGCUUCUAAGAAGGGUCAUAUUGAUAUUGUAAAAUUAUUGUUCGAACACAACUGUAAUCCUAACACUUGUAAUGAUAAAAAUGAAUCUGCUUUAUUUGGUGCUUCUAAAACCGGUCGAACUGAAAUUGUAAAAUUGCUAUUAGAACAGAACUGUGAUCCGAAUUUUUGUAAUGAUAAAAAAGAAUCGCCUUUAUUCAUAGCUUCAAUGUAUGGUAAAACUGAUAUUGUGAAAUUAUUGUUAGAACAUCAUUGUGAUCCUAAUAUUUGUAAUGAAAGAAAAGAAACACCUUUAUUUGCUGCAUCUAAGUAUGGACAUAUUGAUAUUGUUCGAUUAUUGUUAGAACACAACUAUGAUCUUAACAUUUGUAAUGAUAAAAAUGAAUCGCCUUUAUUCAUUGCUUCGACGUGGGAUAAGUCAAGAGUAAUGUUUCUUGGUCACCGUUUUUUAUUCGAUUUAUUUUCAUCUCAACAUAGUUAUAAUCAAAUUGUCAAAUUGUUGUUGGAACACGGCUGUGAUCCUAACACUUGUAAUGCAAACAAUGAAUCAGCUUUAUUUGGUGCUUCUAAAAACGGCCAAAUUGGUAUUGCAAAAUUAUUGUUAGAACACAACUGUGAUCUGAAUAUGUGUAAUGAUAAAAAUGAAUCGCCUUUAUUCAUAGCUUCAAUGUAUGGUAAAACUGAUAUUGUGAAAUUAUUGUUAGAACAUCAUUGUGAUCCUAAUAUUUGUAAUGAAAGAAAAGAAACACCUUUAUUUGCUGCAUCUAAGUAUGGACAUAUUGAUAUUGUUCGAUUAUUGUUAGAACACAACUAUGAUCUUAACAUUUGUAAUGAUAAAAAUGAAUCGCCUUUAUUCAUUGCUUCGACGUGGGAUAAGUCAAGAGUAAUGUUUCUUGGUCACCGUUUUUUAUUCGAUUUAUUUUCAUCUCAACAUAGUUAUAAUCAAAUUGUCAAAUUGUUGUUGGAACACGGCUGUGAUCCUAACACUUGUAAUGCAAACAAUGAAUCAGCUUUAUUUGGUGCUUCUAAAAACGGCCAAAUUGGUAUUGCAAAAUUAUUGUUAGAACACAACUGUGAUCCGAAUAUGUGUAAUGAUAAAAAUGAAUCGCCUUUAUUCAUAGCUUCAGUGUCUGGUAAAACUGAUAUUGUGAAAUUAUUGUUAGAACAUCAUUGUGAUCCUAAUAUUUGUAAUGCUAAAAAUGAAUCUCCUUUAUUUGUUGCAUCUAGGUUUGGUCAUACAGAUAUUGUUAGAAAUUUUCUUCAAUACAAUUGUGAUCACAAUAUUUUUAAUGAAAGAAAAGAAACACCUCUAUUUGCUGCAUCUAAGUAUGGACAUAUUGAUAUUGUUAGAUUAUUGUUAGAACACAACUAUGAUCUUAACAUUUGUAAUGAUAAAAAUGAAUCACCUUUAUUCAUUGCUUCGACGUGGGAUAAGGCAAGAGUAUUGCUUCCUGAUCGCGAUUUUUUAUUCGAUUUAUUUUCGUCUCAACAUAGUUAUACUCAAAUUGUAAAAUUGUUGUUGGAACACGGCUGUGAUCCUAACACUUGUAAUGCAAAAAUUGAAUCAGCUUUAUUUGGUGCUUCUAAAAACGGCCAAAUUGGUAUUGCAAAAUUGUUGUUAGAACACAACUGUGAUCCGAAUAUGUGUAAUGAUAACAUAAAUCGCCUUUAUUCAUAG